AUGUCGCGAUACACGGUUCGAGAGCCGGUGAGUGUGUCGCUCCUGGCGCGAGGUUUUAAAGUGCCGACCUCUGACCUGACAUGUGCACAUGGGCCCCUCAUCGGACAGGUUCCCUUGGACGCCCGGUAUCCUCGCACCCAGACCUUGUCAUUCAAGAACGGAUACGCUGUGGCUGACGUUCCCGUGGCAUCGCUCAAGCCGGCAUGUGGGCCCGCCGACCAUGUCGCUUUCCCUCCUGCACCCUCACGGAUCGAGCUCAGCCAGGCGACCCGGCCUUUUGUCCCGGCGUUCGUUCAGUACGAGCACUGCGUGCUGCGCUUCUUGGCAUGGUUUAAGGAGGUCCUGCCCGGCAUCCUGGAUGAGGGGGAGUACAUACGCAAGGCAGUCGUCAGCUUCUGGCCGGAGGAUUGCAGUCUGGCCAUUGCCGAGCCUCGCCUCCCCAACUCGGGACUCAUGCAGGGAACCCUGGUGGCUCGGCACAGAUGUGGUCUUGGCCUGGAGGACUUCAGCAUUGGGAGCACGAUCUGUGUUCGGAAAACACAGUACCACCUGUGUUCUGCGGAUACCUACACCCGCACUUUCUUCUCCGAUCGAGGCCUGCACUUGGGCGAGGACCUUGCCCUGCCCGAGGCGCCAACCGACGGUGGGGCAGUGUCGCGCCCCGGCUCGACAGACCGGCGUGAGGCCCCGGCAGAGUCGCCCACCCGGUAUGCCGAGGUUGCGCUGGGGAAGGCUGCCCCUUCCAGACACACACAGCAGUUUCUAAAGUUCAGCAACCAGGUCCUCCGCUUCUUCGCGGUGUGGAAUGAUACGGGCAGGCUGUGUGGGGACGUUCACCGCCUGCAGCUCCGCUACUAUCUCGAGGAUGACACGGUGGAGAUCGUGGAGGAGGGUGAAGCUGGAAACCAUGUCUUCCUGCGACGCACACCGGCGGGGAGCAAGGGCGAGGGGGUGGCCUGCCUCGGGGGAGCACUGCUGCCACUCAGCCUGACCACCCAGGACCUUGGGAUCGGCCGCGAGGUGGUCGUGCAUGGCAGGCCAAUCCUGCUGCGAGAUGCCGACGCCUACACCAAGACCUGGCUCAAGGCAAGCCCUAAGAUACACCGCGGUGUCCCGACCCCUCCCAAACGCGACCAGUACAAGCUCAUGAACAGCGGGGGCAUCAUCCUUAGGUUCCAGGCCUGUUUUGCCCCGCCCGUGUCCGAGAUCGACGAGCCCCGCAGGUUCGUGAUCUCCUUCUUUGCCGCGGAUGACACCCUCUCCGUGUUUGAGCCGCCCGCGGCGGCUGCUGGGGGGGCGGGCAGCAAGUUCCUGGAGCGGACCAGGGCAUAUUGGGUCCCCGGCCAAACUGCGACACUCAUCUCCGAGAAGGACAUCUGGGUGGGCGCAGUCAUCCCGCUGGCGGGGCGGCGCUUCGAGCUCCUGGCCGCCGAUAACUUCACGCUGCAGCACAUGGAGCUGGCGGCGCACCCCAUGGCUCGCCUGGGUGACGCGCUUACGACCCUGGGGCAGGCCCUCUCAGAUGGGAAGCUGGUGCAGCAGCUGAGGGCUGCCCUGCCCCUGCACGGCGUGCUCAGUGUGGAGGAGCUGGCAGGCGUGCUGACCCAGCGCACCAGUCUGACUCGUCACCAGGUCUUCACCCUGCACCGCCACCUGGCGAGGCGCGGCCCGGUCACCACGGCCGCCCUCCUGGAGACCCUGCUCCUGCCCCCUUCCUGA